CUCUCUGGACGUGCGUGCGACAUGCCUGUAACUUCCUACUAUUAUUAUGUGAAUGUUUCUGGACGUGCGUGCGACAUGUCUGGAACUUCCUACUCUUAUUCUGUGAAUGUUUCUGGAACUUCCUACUCUUAUUCUGUGAAUGUUUCUGGACGUGCGUUUGGAUGUGGCUGGAUGCAAAAGCAGCGCGAGAUGCAAAAGUAUUGGCCACUCCUGCUGAUGUUAAGGAAUAUGGGAACUCUUAUGUGUUCGUGAUCGACAUGCCUGGCCUGAAAUCUGAAGACAUUAAGGUGAUGGAAGAGGACAACGCGUUAAUCGUUAGCAGCGAGAGGAAGAGGGAGGAGGAGAAAGAAGGAGUUAAGUAUUUGAGGAUGGAGAGAAAAAUGGGAAAGUUCAUGCGCAAGUUUAUACUUCCAGACAAUGUCAACACUGAUGCCAUAUCUGCUGUCUGCCAGGAUGGUGUGCUCAUCGUCACCGUCAACAAGUUGCUUCCUCCUGAACCCAAGAAGCCCAAGAUUAUUGAGGUCAAGAUUGGUUAAAUUUCUUGAUUUUCAAGAUCAGUGGCAUUGCACUGUAUUACACCCCUGUUAUUUGGUUAUAUGGUUUUUGUUUUUUCUUGCGUUUUUGUUGGUCUGACUUUGAAUGUGAUCCGAAUGCAGCGAUAUAAUGUAUGCUUUGAAUUGAACUUCUCAAGUAGUAUGAU